UUGCAGGUUUUGCUGGUCUUUGCAAAAGAAGACAACCAAAGCAAUGGCUUCUGGUGGGCUUGUGACAGAGCUGGGUACAGGUGCAACAUUGCCAGGACUCCAGAGUCAGCACUUGAAUGUUUUCUUGAUAAGCACCAGGAAAUAAUUGUUAUAGAUCACAGGAACUCCAGAUAUUUUGAUGCAGAAGAUAUCUGCAGGUCCAUUCGUGCCACUGAGCCAUCAGAGCACACUGUAAUACUUGCUGUGGUGCCACGCAUAUCUGCUGACCAAGAAGAGUCUUCUGUUCUUCCCCUUCUUGAUGCAGGAUUUGAUAGACAAUUCAUGGAGAACAGCAGCGUAACUGCUUGUUACAAUGAACUGGUUCAGAUAGAACAUGGGGAAGUGAGAUCUCAGUUCAAACUACGGGCUUGUAAUGCAGUCUUUACAGCAUUAGACCAUUGUCAGGAAGCUGUAGAAAUAACCAAUGAAGAUCAUGUCAUUCAGUAUGUUAAUCCAGCCUUUGAGCGGAUGAUGGGGUAUCGCAAGGGAGAGCUUCUUGGUAAGGAACUCACUGAACUGCCCAAAAGUGAUAAAAACUGUGCAGAUCUUCUAGACAACAUCAACACAUUCAUUAAAAAAGGAAAGGAAUGGCAAGGGGUUUACUACGCAAGAAGGAAAUCAGGAGACAGUAUCCAGCAGCAUGUGAAGAUAACACCUGUGAUAGGUCAAGGAGGGAAAAUAAGACACUUUGUGUCCCUCAAAAGGCUGCAUUGUACCAAUGAAAACAACAAACAGCUCUACAAGAGUCAUCGCGAGGAGAAGUACACAGGGGAUAAUUCUCAAUCAGAAUCCAAUUCCUACAAAUGCAAGAACAGAAGGAAAGACUCAGUUGAUGUUAGGUCAAUAACAUCUCAAAGCAGUGAUGCUCCGAGUUUACAGACCCGACGGUACUCUUCAAUGGCAAGGAUUCACUCCAUGACAAUAGAAGCUCCUAUCACAAAGGUUAUUAACAUAAUUAAUGCUGCCCAGGAAAACAGCCCCAUCACAGUAGCAGAGGCCUUGGACAGAGUUCUGGAAAUCCUGAGGACAACAGAGCUUUACUCCCCUCAGCUAGGUACCAAAGAUGAAGAUCCUCACACAAGUGAUCUUGUUGGAGGUCUGAUGACUGAUGGCUUGAGAAGACUGUCAGGAAAUGAGUAUGUGUUUUCUAAGAAUAUGAACCUGAGCCAUAGUCACCUUCCAGUGCCAAACACCAUCAAUGAUGUUCCACCCUGUAUUGCACAGCUCCUAGAUAACGAGGAAAGCUGGGACUUCAACAUUUUUGAGUUGGAGGCUGUUACAAAUAAAAG